GCCCCGCCCCUACCCAUGCAACCUGCAGGCAGAGAGAGAGAGGGUUAGGGCAAAUAACAGUUACAAGAGUUACAUUUUUACUUGAAUGCAGUUAUUGUGAAGCUGGUCUGUUGCUCUUUUAUUUUCGCAAUAACAUGUUAACUCACAUGCUAAUGUGGUGAGCAAGUGAAGGGUGGGGGGUUAAAAAUAGUUCACACUCAUUGGAGAAGUUGUGUUUGGGAAAUCACAUGGUCAAGAAGGAAAGUGCGGAGUUCUGACUGCGUGACAAGGUCAACAUAAGCUGCAAAGAUGAAGCUGACUGUAGCUUUGUUGUGUUUUUCCCUGCUUUUGGUUCAUAUUAAUAUGACCCUGGCCAAGAAAGGUGGUGGGGGGUUUGGUGGAAAACUUAAUAUUUUUAAGAAAACCCCCAAAACACCCUCUAAACAGCCAAAACAACCCAAACCAAGGGGGAACCCAAACCAAGGAAGCAACCCGAACCAAGGAGAAUACCCGAACCAAGGAAGCAACCCGAACCAAGGAGGAUACCCGAACCAAGGAAGCUACCCGAACCAAGGAAGAUACCCAAACCAAGGAGGAUACCCAAACCAAGGAGGUAACCCGAACCAAGGAGGAAACCCGAACCAAGGAGGAUCCCCAAACCAAGGAGGUUACCCUAAUCAAGGGGGAUACACAAACCAAGGAGGAUACCCAAACCAAGGAGGAAACCCGAACCAAGGACGAUACCCGAAUCAAGGAGGAUCCCCAAACCAAGGAGGUUACCCUAAUCAAGGGGGAUACCCAAACCAAGGAGGAUACCCAAACCAAGGAGGUUACCCAAACCAAGGAGGUUACCCGAAUCAGGGGGGAUACCCAAACCAAGGAGGAUACCCUAAUCAAGGGGGAUACCCAAACCAAGGAGGAUACCCUAAUCAAGGGGGAUACCCAAACCAAGGAGGAUACCCAAACCAAGGAGGUUACCCGAAUCAAGGGGGAUAUCCAAACCAAGGGGGAUACCCUCAUCAACCAGGCAGGCCUGGGGGAUACCCAAACCAAGGAGGAUACCCAAAUCAAGCAGGAUACCCGAACCAAGGAGGAUACCCUCAGCACCCAGGUAGCCCAUACAGUGGAGGUCAUGGCAGUUACGGAGGUUAUCCUGGUGGAUACAUGAACUACAACCCAAACAGCAGAAUCCCAAGUCCGCACUAUGGUGGCAGCUUUGGAUAUGGGGGCUAUGGUGGUGGUGGUGGCUCUCCCUUUUCACACUCGGUCCAGCAAAUGGGCAUGUAUCCCAAAGACCAGUCCAGGGGGUUUGGGCGCAGUGCAGUUGUGGCAGCUGCUGGAGGGGCUAUGGCAGGAAUGGCCCUGGGUUACGGUUUAGGAAGGUUCCCUCGCCCUCACUUUGAGUUCCACAGCCCCCAGGAGGAGUAUUACUACAACCGCUACAUGUACAGGAGAUAUGGUAUGAGGUCUACAGAUACGAAUGACUACAGCAGAGACUACAAGUACAGUAAACCCCCUGAAUCCUACGAUAGCUACAUGGACUCCUGCAUGAAGAGAACAGACUUACUCCCUGCAGAGAAUCCAAAGCAAAACAAUAAACAAGCUUCUGCAACCACAACUAUAGUUAUCACCACCACCACCGCAACCUCUACAGCUGCUGUAAGUACCACUCCUCCCAACAGUAAUACUACUCUGAGCAGCAGCACUGCAGCAAAAAACUCCUCCAUUUCUGAAUCUUCAACUCUUCCUCCUCUUAAUACGUCCGAGGUAAAUUCUAGAUCUCCAGCAGCAGAUGCUCUCAGAGAAACUGCUCCUAACAAUGAUGAUGAUGAUGAUGACACAGUCAGCAUCGUAGAGAUCGGCUACCCGGCACUGAUCAAUCAGCUGAAGGUCAGGAGAUGUGUGGAGCUGUACAUGGCUUACUCUGAUAAAUAUUUGAGUAAAAAGACUGAGCCCAGAGUUAGUGAUGGGGUACGAGGACUGAAUAUUGGCUCACACGGACUACUAGCAGUGAUUAUCAGUACUGCACUGAUUAUGCUGAAUAGCAACAUGCUAAUGCUGCUGCAGUGAUUCUUUGUUUUAUCAGCAGUGAAAACGAAAGAAUGUAAUAAAGGAAGUGAGUAAAAAAUUCAAAAAGAAGGGAGGAAAAUCUCAUUUUAUAGGAUUUGGGAAUACUAUUUUUCGUUAAUAAUAUUUAAGCUUGUAUUUAGGGCUUUGGCUACUUAAUAUGCUACAGAACAGCAACAUGCCAAUGCUGCUGCACUGAGGCCUUCAUUAGUAGUAAAAGUGAUGGUGAACCAAAAAAACGAGGUCUUCAGCAAAGUAUGUUAAGUGGUGAUUUAAUCAAGCAGGGAUCAAAGCAGGCUUGUUGCCCCAAAACUCUGUACCGACUGGACUGCUUGUCAUAGCAUUUUGAGAGUAAUCGUGGUUCCCAGAGGAGGUAUCUAAAUACAUAAGGGUCAGCAUUUGACUGCUGUAUCUUGAUAAGAUUUCAGUAGGUUGUUUUAAUUUCAUAUAAUAUAUGUUGGGAUCUUCUAGGUUUUCAUGUUGCGCCCUUAUCCCCUCUUCUAUGUUGUCCAAAGUUUAUUUAUUGAUAAAGUCAAACUGGCAACUGACCUAAUGAUGACAUUUCAAGGUUUUUCUUCAACAUAACUUUUAGUCCAGUGUCACUUGGCACGUUUGCAUGUUAACAUAAGACCAAGAUGUUGUUCCUGAUAAAUAUCUGAGCAUGUUAGCAUACCAAUAUUAGCAUUUACCUAAAAACUGUGGCCUCAGUUUUUUUCAUAUUUUUGGCCAAACUGACCAGCAUCAGUAUGUACAACUUGUAAAAAGUUUGGAUAUUGUCUUUAUUAUUAACCACCCUUCUGCCUUCUAUUUAGUGUUACUGUAUCUAGCUAAGUUUGUGGUUGCUGAUGUAAGGUUGAGUUAUACAUGCUUUGUGGGGUUGUUAUUGUUAACAGUUUAUCUUCCUGUUUUUUGGCCAAAAUUGUUUAUUUUUUUGUUAACUUAGCAUCUCUCAAAAACAUACAGCAAACACUUUAAACAUUUAUAAGCAUUACAAUUUUUAUGCGGCCAGUUAUGUUUCUCUCUCUCUCUCUCUCUCUCUCUCUCUCUCUCUCUCUCUCUCUCUCUCUCUCUCUCUCUCUCUCUCUCUCUCUCUCUCUUACUGUGCUAUAUAUUUCUAGAACUGUACUUUGCUGUAAUCUGUUAACUAUUGUCUUUUAGAUGUUUUACUACUAUCUAGUAUAUUAUUCACUUGAACUACAUUUCAUGCUUCACUUUACUAAUAAAAGUCAAAUCACAUAUUUAGUUUCAGGUCUUCAAAAGUGGUCUUGCUGGUGUAUGAGAAAUAAAACUAUAUACUUGUGUGAAUAUUCAGCAUUGUUAUCAAUGGUCCAUAGAAUUAUUAUUCUGAACCUGUUUUUAAUGCAAGACUUUUAAUGACCAGUAGAUGGCAUAGUCUGUAUUUAAGUGCUGUGAGCUCUAUCUGCCAGAUUCCUAAAAGGAACAGCCUGUUCAUUACAGGUGCAGCUCAAACAAGUAGAAUAUCAU